GGGCACACACAGGAACCUGGAAGCAGCGGAGGAGGGACCCUGUCCGAGGCUCUCCUCAAGUUGGUGGUUAGCCGUUAACUACCACCUCAGGGAGGCCGAGGAAGCAAACCUGUGGGUCAGGAGAUCUCAAGCCUCAUCAGAAAGCCGCUGGGUUGCCCAGGCCGGUGGCAACUAUGCAGAGAAUUCUGCGCGGUAUUUUAAAUUUCUUUUGGAGGCGGGCAGAAUCUGAUGGAAAACUCCAGGUUCAAGAUAACUUCAAGCUGAAGUCUGUCAGAGGAAUUGUGACCCAUCUCUGCCCCGACUAUGGCUGGAUUAAUGAAACCAUCUUCUUUAAUCCUGACAUGGUGUGUGGAAAUGUUCCAGUGAAUGUUGGAAUGAGCGUCAUUGCUCUUGUAGAAGAGGAUGAAACAACUCACGCAGUGAAAACCAUCAAAGUGAAAGCCAUGUCUGAUCCUAUCUAUGGUAUUGAACCAUCAGAAUUUGACAAAAGACUUUGCAUUAAGUGUGUGACUUAUGCAACACAGGACAACAUCUUCAUAAGCAAGGAAACAUUUUUCCCCAUGCAACUACUUUCUGGAGGAUUUUUGCCCUUUAAAGGGGACUUGUUGCUGGUUGAGUAUUCCUUGAAGCCAGGUACUUCAAACAUCACUAUUCACGCUGUGAGCCUGCUAAACUCCCAGAAUAUGGAUGAGGUCUGUGUGACCAGUAUUAAUGGAAGAACUGGCGUGGUAGACGACAUCAUCUUUUUCACCUUGGACUCUCUCCAGAAGCCUAAAGACUAUACUCCAGGGCUGUACGACAUUGUGAAUGUAGUUGCUGUGGACAGCAUUCAACCAAACUGUUCUUGGAGAGCAGUAUCAAUGGUCCCAGUGGAAAUGUGUAUUGACCAGGCCUCGUAAUUUUCCAUAAAUUUCGAAGGCUCUGAUUUAAUAAAAUAACAUGAACACAUAAUCCAAA